AUGGGAAGAAGACCGGCGAGGUGUUACCGUCAGAUAAAGAACAAACCGUAUCCGAAAUCGCGAUUCUGCCGCGGCGUUCCCGAUCCAAAGAUCUGA